GCCGCCUUCCCGCCCGCCCGGCACUGCGGGGCUGGAGGCUGAGGAGCCGGAGCGGAGGCGCCGCUCCUCCGGCGGGCGGGAGGAGAAAAAGUCAUCAUAGGUUUGGUGUCUUAGAAUUAUGGAAUCAAUUUCUAUGAUGGGAAGCCCUAAGAACCUCAAUGAAACUUUUCUACCAAAUGUGGCCAAUGGCAUCAAAGAUGCCAGUAAGAUCACAGUAGGCAUCAUUGGAAGUGGAGACUUUGCAAAAUCAUUGACCAUUCGGCUGAUCAGAUGUGGGUACCAUGUUGUUGUAGGAAGCAGAAACCCUAAACUUGCUGCAGAGUUCUUUCCCCAUGUGGUUGACGUCACUCACCAUGAAGAUGCAGUAACAAAAACAAACAUCAUUUUUGUAGCUAUUCAUAGAGAACACUACACGUCUUUGUGGGACCUCAAGCAUUUACUCGUUGGUAAAAUUCUGGUUGAUGUCAGCAACAAUACAAGAGUAGACCAAUAUCCAGACUCCAAUGCAGAGUAUUUGGCAUCACUUUUUCCAGAUUCCCUAGUUGUCAAAGGAUUCAAUGUCGUUUCAGCUUGGUCACUCCAGUUAGGACCAAAGGAUGCCAGCAGACAGGUCUAUAUAUGCAGUAACAAUGUUCAGGCUCGCCAUCAAGUUACUGAGCUUGCUCGUCAGCUCGGUUUUAUUCCUAUUGAUUUGGGGGCAUUGUCAUCUUCAAGAGAGAUUGAAAACUUACCUCUGCGACUCUUCACACUGUGGAAGGGGCCUGUAGUGAUUGCCAUUAGUCUGGCAACAUUUUUCUUCAUCUAUUCUUUCAUCAGAGACGUAAUCCAUCCAUACGUGAGAAAUCAACAGAGUGACUUUUACAAGAUCCCAAUUGAGAUUGUCAAUAAGACUCUACCAGUUGUUGCCAUCACAUUACUCUCUCUAGUGUAUUUGUCAGGACUUAUUGCAGCUGCUUAUCAGCUUUACUAUGGCACUAAGUACAGGCGAUUUCCACCUUGGCUGGACAACUGGCUGCAGUGUCGAAAGCAGCUUGGACUGCUCAGUUUUUUCUUUGCAGUGGUGCAUGUGGCAUACAGCCUUUGCUUACCUAUGAGGAGAUCAGAGCGAUACUUGUUCCUCAAUAUGGCGUAUCAGCAGGUUCAUGCAAAUGUUGAAAAUUCUUGGAAUGAAGAAGAAGUGUGGCGAAUUGAAAUGUAUAUCUCCUUUGGAAUAAUGAGUCUUGGGUUGCUUUCUUUGCUGGCAGUAACUUCUAUCCCUUCAGUCAACAAUGCUUUGAACUGGAGGGAGUUCAGUUUUAUUCAGUCUACACUUGGAUACGUUGCUCUGCUCAUAAGUACUUUCCAUGUACUGAUUUAUGGAUGGAAAAGAGCUUUUGAAGAAGAAUAUUACAGGUUUUACACACCGCCAAAUUUUGUUCUUGCCCUUGUUCUGCCUUCCAUUGUAAUUCUAGGUAAGAUCAUUUUACUUCUGCCAUGCAUAAAUAGGAAACUAAGGAGAAUUAGAAGAGGAUGGGAGAAAAGCCAUGCAAUAGAAGAAACAAGUGGGUCCAUUCCACACUUCUCUCCAGAAAGAAUAACUGUGAUGUGAUGGAAGACUACAAUUUGUUAGUACUAUUGCAGAUGUUUGGAUUUUUCUCUGUUGUGUUUUUUGUCAAAAAUUUGCAUUUUCAGGAGUUUAUGUGAUGUAUGUGUAAAGUCAGUGUAGACUUCCUUGGCAUACUUACAAGCCCUCAAUGGGUUUAUGAGAAAUUUAUAAUUAGGGAAUUACUGUUUUGGAUAACUAUAAAAAUACUUUGUUUUGAAUUACAGAGGGCAGAUAAUCAUGAAAUCAGACUUUUUAAUGCUCCUUUGCUCAGUUGUAUCACAACAGUAUUUUGUUAUAACAAUGCUUUUGAGAUAUUUGACUCAGUGAGUGUGUCAGAGAGCUAUGUCUUAAUAUCGUAUUUUACCACAUCUGUCAUUUAAACCACACUUCUGGGUUACUGAGUUCAGAGUACUGACUAAUAGAGUUAAUAAUUUAGGAAGCAUUCAGAUUUUGAAGCAACUGAAAUAAAAAAACUGAAAUGUG